UCUGGCUCCAAAGUGACCGUACAAAAAUAGUGGAACGCUCCAUAGAAACCUUCCCUCAUUCAAAGGAAUUCCAAGGGUAACGGGACACAACGAGAGACAGUGUUUUACCUCGGUCAGGAAAGAUAGAUUAUGGUUUCUUCCACUUGUUUUAGCGGCCUGAUUGGUACAGGGUUGCUUCUUUUAAGCAAGUAUCCUCUGCAAGAUCCAAGCUACAAAUUGUUCUCUAUGAAUGGGUACUUGCAUCAAAUUUGGUAUGGAGAUAGCUGGUGUGGAUCAGGCAUUGGAACAGCAUGGAUCGAAUUGCCCAAUGGAUUCAAGGUCUUGAUUUGCACGUCUCAUUUCCAUGCCGAAUACAACCGGGACGAUGACCAAUUCCUCCCCGAUCGUAUUUGCCAAGCAUUGGAAGGAAUCAAAGAGAUUGAAUCAAAGGAGCAUUUGGUUGAUGCUGUAAUUUAUGCUGGGGAUUUUAACACUGAACCGCAGGACCUCCCACACCAAAUAUUGAUCAAAAUGAGCGGUCUCCAAGAUGCUCGGGGCAAUGAGACACCCAAACCAAGUUACAAUGCAGAAUGGAACACAUACGCUAGUCCCAAGGAACGACCAGUGACCAUCGAUUACAUUAUGAUUGGCACUAACGAAGACACGAAAGUGAUAACCACUCAUUGUCAAAAUCCAUUGAGUUCCAAAAUCUCUGGAGAGAGUAUCAGUUAUUCAGACCAUGAAGGCGUAUGGGCUCAAAUCAAGUUUCAAGACCAAAAAGACAUUGCGUAUGAUAAACCAGAGGCUUAUGACGUGGACACAUUGAACCGUUUAAACUCGCAAUUACGAGAUGUUCUAAGACUGGAGAGGUCAAAAAUGGAAUGGUCCAUGUGGAUAAUAUUCAUGGUAUCAGCAGCAUUCCUGAGCGUCUGGAAAUGGGAGGGCCCUUGGAGUAUAUUCAUAGUAUUGAUAUUAAGCUACCUAUUCUAUCUCGGCGGUCAAUUCUUUAAGAGAAUCACGGCCAUUUCAUCCCAAAUUGAUACUAUUAUGGCCUUGAUGAAUCCGGUGAAAAAAUAACUGCAAUAAAACGAUGGCUUGAACGUC